AUGGCCACUAAGCCAACCUACACCGAAUCUCAAUUGGAAACAUACCUCCAGCGCAUUGCAUACUCCAGAUCCACAGGAACAGAGACAAAUCUCCUCCAGGAUGUGCGCCAGAGUAUAGAAAAGGAUGCCUAUGCCACGCUGUGUGAGCUACAGCGGCGUCAUCUGACUGCGAUUCCCUGGGGUAAUUCGGAAUUGCAUUAUUCGCGCCAUCAUACUAUUUCGCUCGACCCAGAGAGUCUGUUCGAGAAGAUGGUGGAGAGACGACUGGAUGGGUAUUGCAUGGAGAGCACGGGGAUGUUUCUAAUUAUCUUGCGGUCUUUGGGGUAUUUGGUGUAUCCUACUGGUGGUCGAGUUGCUCAGGCUGCCGAGACGGGUGUUGAUAAUGGGUUGUUCUUUUCAGUGACUCAUAUGGUUCUGAUUGUGAAUAUUGACGGGAAGAGGUAUAUGGUUGAUGUGGGCUUCGGGAAUAACGGUGCUACUGCCCCGCUGCCACUGGAAGAAGGAACUACUGCUACGCAUAUUACGCCGUCUGAGAUGCGUCUGGUCAAGGAAAACAUCAUUGAAUUCACUGAUCCAACUCAGAAGGUCUGGAUCUAUCAGACAAGAUACAACCCGGAGAGCUCUUGGCUAUCCCAGAUCUGCUUUUCGGAACAGGAGUUCUUGCCUCAAGAUUUUGGAGUCAUGAACUUCUCCGUCAGCAAGAACCGAGCCAGUUGGUUCACCCAGAGAUUUGUCUGUGUGCGGUUCCUCAUGGACGAAAGUGGGAAGGAGAUCGUAGGACAGUGCAUCAUGGCGGGCAAAGAAGUCAAACAGAGAAUGCGUGGGCAAACAGAGGUCUUGCAGGUGAUGCAAAACGAAGAAGAUCGGAUCAAGGCCUUGGCCAAGUACUUUGAUAUGCACCUUCGCGCAAGUGAGAUUCAAGGUAUUCGGAACUUGCCCUCGCAACUCAAAUAG